CAUUCUGGCGCGGAGCGCAGCAGCGACGGGCGCAGCUAGCAGGUCGGCUACGGAGCGGGGGUGCAGCGCGCUUUACCCCCGUACCCCUCCCCCUCGGACGCAGCCCCACCCCUCCGCCCGCCGGGCCGUCCCAGCCGAACUAUCCCCUGCGGCGCCAGCGCGGGGCGGCUCCGGGCGCCCCUAGCAGACCCCCACCAUGGGCAGCCAGAGCUCCAAGGCUCCCCGGGGCGACGUGACCGCCGAGGAGGCAGCGGGCGCUUCCCCCGCGAAGGCCAACGGACAGGAGAAUGGCCACGUGAAAAGCAAUGGAGACUUAACCCCCAAGGGUGAAGGGGAGUCACCACCCGUGAACGGAACAGAUGAGGCAGCUGGGGCUACUGGCGAUGCCAUCGAGCCAGCGCCCCCUAGCCAGGAAGCUGAGGCCAAGGGGGAGGUCGCUCCCAAGGAGACCCCCAAGAAGAAGAAGAAAUUCUCUUUCAAGAAGCCUUUCAAAUUGAGUGGCCUGUCCUUCAAGAGAAAUCGGAAGGAGGGUGGGGGCGAUUCCUCGGCCUCCUCACCAACAGAGGAAGAGCAGGAGCAGGGGGAGAUCAGCGCCUGCAGCGACGAGGGCACUGCCCAAGAAGGGAAGGCCACUGCCACCCCUGAAAGCCAAGAGCCCCAGGCCAAGGGGGCAGAGGCUAGUGCUGCCUCCAAGGGAGGAGACACGGAAGAGGAGGCAGGGCCCCAGGCUGCAGAGCCAUCUACUCCCUCGGGGCCUGAGAGUGGCCCUGCAUCGGCCAGCGCUGAGCAGAAUGAGUAGCUGGGUGGGGGCAGGUGGGUGAUCUCUAAGCUGCAAAAACUGUGCUGUCCUUAUGAGGUCACUGCCUGGACCCGGUGCCCUGGCUGCCUUCCUGUGCCCAGAAAGGAAGGGGCUUGUUGCCCCCUCCCAGCCACGACCCCUCUCUCCCUCCUGUGGAUUCUCCCAUCAGCCAUCUGGUCUUACUGUUAAGGCCAGUCGAAGAUGGUCCCUUACGGUUUCCCAAGUUAGGUUAGUGAUGUGAAAUGCUCCUGUCCCUACCUCCUCCCCAGGCCCCACCCCUGCAGAAGGCAAUUGCUGGCUUUCCUCCCAAUUCUUUUCCAAGUACGUUUUGUUUAUUCUACUUCUGAAACCCCUGAGCCAGAAGUGGGGGGGCUUAUACUCCCAAACCCUGAGUGUCCAGCCUUUCCCCUGUUGAGUUUUUAGUCUCUUGUGCUGUGCCUAGUGGCACCUGGGCUGGGGAGGACAUUGCCCCGUCUGGGUUUUAUAAACGUCUUACUCAAGUUCAAACCUCCAGCUUGUGAAUCAACCAUAUCUCUGACUUGACAAGCAAGUGUUAGGCUUCGGGGCGGGAGGGAGGUCUGUAAUGUGAAACAACUUUUUGUUGUCUUUUUUUUUUUCUCCCAUCGUUGUAAAUAACUUUUAAUGGCCAAACCCCAGAUUUGUACUUUUUUUUUCUAACUGCUAAAAUCGUUCUCCUCCACCUGGAUUUGCUGUAACAUUUGGAACAGGAAUAAAUGUUGUCCCUUUA